CUUGCGGCAUUCGUGCUUGUCGGAGGUUCGCCGUUCAGGUACCUACUUCGGAACAAUCGAGACGGGACUUUGGGUCGCUGUUGCUCCGUGCUCGUUGUCGCUCGGGGGGUGCACGCAUAGCGUGCAUAGCGUGAUCGACGAGUACCUCCGCGUAUCCCGUGUGCGAUUUCAGGAUCAGCCCGUCGCAUAGAUCUAACGACGAUGACGGACGGCACCGGGAACGAGGACUCCGCGGCGUUCAACUCCAUAUCCGAUCCGAGCAAGGCCAACACCGGCACAGCGGGUCCCGUAGUUUUGUAUUCGACCGCACAGGCAUGGCGAGCUCAGUUCCAUCGCAGCCUCACGCGCGCCAGUGUCGAUGCGGAAUCGUCGGACGAGGAGGAGGAUCUGUCCCAGUAUCAAUUCGAGGACGAUCUCGAGUACCUCAGGUCGCUGGAUCCAAGAGACUGGAAGGAUCAGGAUCAUUACGCUGUUUUAGGCUUGAAAGAUCUUAGGCACCGAGCGACCGAAGAUCUCAUCAAAAGAGCUUACAAGUUGAAAAUAUUAAAACACCAUCCUGACAAGCGCAAGGCGAUGGGCGAGGAAAUCCGACCGGACGACGACUACUUCACAUGUAUAACUCGUGCCUGGGAAACCCUUGGGAGUCAAGCGAAGAGGCGAAGCUACGAUAGCGUGGAUCCUUACUUCAAUGACAGUCUGCCAGACGAGAAGGACUGUCGGAACAAUUUUUACGAGGUGUUGGGUAAAGCUUUUAAAGAGAACUCACGGUGGUCCGUGAAGAAGCCUGUGCCGCGAUUGGGUGGCCCGUUCAUGCCACGAGAGAAGGUAGAACAGUUCUACUCGUUCUGGUACGACUACGAUUCCUGGCGCGAGUACUCGUAUCUUGACGAGGAAGACAAGGAGAGUGGUCAAGACCGGGACAUGCGCAAAUGGAUCGAGAAGAAGAACAAAGCCACGAGAGCGAAACGGAAAAAAGAGGAGAUGACGCGAAUACGCACUUUAGUGGACAUGGCUUACAAUAUAGAUCCUAGGAUAAAGAAAUUCCAACAAGAGGAUAAGGACAAGAAGAACGCCGUAAAAAGGGCGAAGCAAGAGGCAGCAAAGGCCAGGCAACAGGAAGAAGAGAGAAUAGCACGAGAUGCGGCAGAGAAGGAGAGAUUGGAGAAAGAGAAGAAAGAAUCCGAGGAAAGGGCGAAGCAAGAUGCGCUGAAACAGGAGCGAGAGGUGCAAAAGAAGGCGUUGCGCAAAGAAAGAAAGGCAUUCAGGGAUUUUUGUAAGGCAAAUGAUUAUUUUGCCAAAAACUCAGAAGAAAGUCUUCGACACAUGGAAAGCGUAGAGAAAAUUUGUGAACUGUUCAAGCUUGUGCAACUGGAAAAAGCAAUGAAGAAUCUUCAGACCAACGGCAGAACCGCGUUUUUAAGUAUCGUUGAAGAAGCUGAACGAAAAAUCGAGGCAGAACGCCGCGUAAAUGUGAUCAGUAACGAUGCGAAAAACGCGCCUGAUAAGCAGAUUAAAACCUGCACCGCACCCUGGAGCGAGAAUGACUUGCAACUCUUAAUAAAAGCAGUCAAUCUCUUUCCCGCUGGUACAAAUCAACGUUGGGAGGUGGUGGCAAACUUCAUCAAUCAACAUAGCAGUUCCACCAGCGGAGUCAGCCGCGACGCCAAGGAAGUCUUGGCAAAGGCCAAGAGUCUGCAAUCAACCGACUUCAGCAAAUCGAGUUUAAAGGAACAAGCGAAUAAAAAAGCCUUCGACAACUUCAUCGCCGAGAAAAAGGGCAAAGAAGCUGUCGAAGAAAGAAUGCCAGCUGUUACGGAGCGUCUAGAUCAUCCAAUCGCGAACGGCGUCGCCGCUGAAUCCAAGGAGGUGAAAAAGGAAUCGGCGCCGUGGACACCGGGUGAGCAGAAACUCCUGGAACAAGCACUGAAAACCUAUCCCACGACGGUCCCAGACAGAUGGGAUCAGAUCGCGGCGUGUAUACCCACUAGAACGAAAAAGGAAUGUAUGAAGAGAUAUAAGGAACUGGUCGAGCUCGUGAAAGCGAAGAAGGCGGCGCAGGUGACGAAAUAAUAUUAACUGCACGCUAAGCUCGAAAUUUCCUUCUAACUUAUUGAACUCUAGUUCAAUUUCGCAAUUCCGAUGCAACGGUUAUUUCGUUCUUCGAAAUGGAAUUCCCUAGAGAAUUAUAAACGAAAUUUAAGACUGGUGAACAAGAAUCUUAGCUUACUCAUUGAGUGCCAGUCCGCGUGCAUACUUGUGCCUUGUUACAGCCGAUACGUGCACAAAUAAGCUGCACGGCAUACAAAAAAAAAUUCGACGUAUUUUAUUCAGUCGAUUCUGCGAUACGUUUUAUUUCUUCGCGCAUGUACAUUUUAAACCGUACCUUUGAAACCGUGCUACUACCCGACCACUCACUUCCGUGAAGAUGGACGACCUAGGAAGAUCUCUUGUGUAUUUUUUUUGGCAACAUGAAUUUUCGCGACCGACCUACACAUGUUGUAAAGUACUGUAAAAUAAUGAGAGAGAGAAAAGCUGCCGCCAUCAAGGAGAGGCAACAACUAGAGGAGACUUGACGGACUUUAUAAAUAAACGAGAAUGUUUUGAAAGAUGCCUGCGUUGGAUGAAAAUGCCCGUCGGUGAGUGUUCCUGUAAUCCCAUUCCGUGAGUACUGAUCCUUUAUUUAUCCUAAUUAUAUGAAUAUCCUUCAUUGUCAUAAUUAUCAUACGAAUGCAUUUGGAAUGAAUGAAAGUAUUAUUUAAUCUCAAGAGAAGAAACAUAUAGCUAAAUUGAAGCAUUUUUCUUGCAAUUUUAUCUUACAAUUUAUAAAUUUUAAAUUUCAUAUAUAUUCCCGAAUGAUAUUUCAUAAAUCAUAUGACUAGUCUCUUCAUCGCAAAAAAAGGAAAUUAUUUUUCGAGGGCAAUAUGAUAGGAUUUCGAGAAGAAAUCUCGUUUAAUUGAUCGUUUAAUUUUAUUUCCUAUUCCUCUCACUUCUUAUUUCAACAUUCCAAAUUCCAUUCCAGAGUAUCCCAUAUUGAAACGUACGACGCGUUACGCAUUGCUUUAAACAUACUUGCGAACAGCGAAAUGUAAUUAAAAUGCAUUUUUCGACAAGUUCGCAAUGUCUGAAAGCCACUAAAAUCUAACGUAUAGAGUAGAUGAAUAUAAUUAUUGUGCACUUUAUUCCAUUAUCACACAUGCUAAACGCCCUCCCUUCUUUCGGGUCCUUUGUCACACUGUACCUAGCGUUACUACUAUCAAUAAUUAUUACAAUUAAUAAUAUUCCCGGCUAUUAAUAUCAAUUUUAUUUCGAACGAAUCGAGCAUUAUUCAUAACAAAUAAAUCGAAAAACAACCUUAGUACACAAUAGAAACACGUAAUUGGUCCUGCUGAAUCUUAUAUCCUCGGCUCUCCGCGCAUUUUAUGAAAACAUACACAUUUAUAUUUAUAUGUAUUUACAUAGAAUACCUUACAUCAAGCGAUAAAUAUUUUGGAGAAAAUUUCGUGUCGGCUUUCUUUUUAAAUUUCUCUCAGUUGAUUAAAAUUAAAUUUUUGCUAGUCGCAAGUUUAUAAUUUGUCUCUUAGUUUUAGCUACUCUUGACCGUACCUGAUCGCUUUUUAGUCUCACGAAAUGGAAAAUAUUGGUCUUUCUAUAUGCGAUUACUAACGCGAUAUUGUAUUUACGAUAAAUCUCGUAAUAUACGACGUAUAUUUUCCGCAUUGUCGGUUUAUUACGACUUAUUACUGUUUAUCGUUAACGGAACUUAACAUAUUUCGUUGUAAAUUUUGUAAAACGGUAUAAAACGUUAGCCGUUAACGAUGUCGUUACUAAGAACGUGAAAAAAUUGACUAUUCUACUGCGCGUAAACGAAGCUGCGUUUAUUUCACAAGCAAAAUUGAAAAUCUUUUCAAUUUUAAAUCACGAAUAAUCUAUCCAUCUCUAGUUCAAUUAUUUUCACCAUUUAAUCGCCAGAUGAUCAUUCACGUAGAAUCCAACGCCGAUAUCUUUUCUUUUCCUGAAAACUUUAUUAACACUAGAACUACCGACGAUUAAUGUAUAUUUAUACUUAUGCAUUUACUCUUCGAAAAAAAGAAUGAAGAGAAAUAAUAAAUUUCAUUAUUUACAUGUUGCAACAAAAGUCAUGGAAAAUGUCAGAAAAUGCAUCGUAAAAUUUGAUAAAAUUACGAAGUAUUAUAAUUGCUUUGGUUGUUCUAGUGUUAAAUCCGAGCAAAGUAUAUAAUAUAUAUAAUACGUACGUCUAUGCGUACAUGCGUAUUAUGAGCGAAAAAGAUCGAUUGCACGGGGUUUUAAUUACUAUGACAAUUUUUAUUCAGACAUCAUAAGAUAUAAACAGACUUCGGAUUUUUAAACAUUAGUGGUUCUGGACCGUGUGGCGCUCUAUUUACUUUUUUUUAAAUUUUUGUAUUUCUUUUGUGUCUCUUCCGUCCAUGAGAGACGAGAGGAAUAGACGGCGAUCUAUAUUACUUUACAGAGCGUAAAAAAUUCUGCUGCUACUUAUGGUCGUAUUUUUACGGACCCGUAGUCUCUGUAAUUUACACUUGCUGCUUCAGCAUCAUCCAACUCUUCUCUAAAAAUUUGGCAUAUGUGUGUGUGUUUUGUGUGUGUGUGUGUAUGUGUUAUGUGUGUGUGUGUGUGUGUACACACUAUAUGUUUCAUAAUAACGGUUUCGUGUUAUCACUUAAAAUAAAGAAACUAAAUAGAAGAAGGGAGAGAUAAUCGAGAAAUUAAUAUAUAGAGCGUCAAACGUGGGAUAUGCAACGCAGUCAACGAUUAGAGAUAAAAAUAAGAUGAAGGACGAGAGAAAGAAAUCUUCUGAUCGUACAUCGUGCGAUCUAAAUCGAUCAUCGAUGCAAGCAGGGAGCUCUUUGGCUUAUAGUGUUAGGACAAAGCAAAGCAAUAUACGAAAGAAACGCGUAAAACACGGGAAAAUAGAUCGGCGAGUUGUGCGUAGGAAAUAUCGCGAAGAGAAGAUGCGUGAGAGAGUGGAGUUCGCAUUGGUCGUAGACAAGCCAAGAAGGCUGCCGAGGAACGUGAUUCUGAAAGUAUUCUCAAAACUAGUAGUCCGUAGUAAUCCGUAUAACAAUAAACCGAUUUGUCAAUCGCCCGGCAUUCGCCCGAAAUCUCGAUGAAAGUCUCUGAGUUCUGAGG